GAAAUGCAAGUUACGGCCCAGGAAAUGGAAGAUGCAAAAGUUCCAUUGCACCGUCGUGACUUUUGCGCUCAUGUUUAUAUCCCUCUGAUGAAAUGCAGGAAAGAAAACUAUUACCUACCUUGGAGAUGUCAACAUGAACGACAUGCUUGGCAUGAAUGCGAAUAUGAA